UCAAUAUUUCAUUCGCCUACGAUACAUCAAUAUUUCAAUCACCUUCGAUUAAUCUAUCAUUUGAUUAAAUUAACCCAGAAAAGUUCCAUUCGGAGUUCAACCACUCGAGAGUCGCGACCAUGGCUCGCCAUUACUUGAAAACAAUUUUCGGAGCAUUAGCUAUUUUUAUUUUUGCAUCGCCAGUAAGUUGUUUGGGCGUACCAACCCUUACCUUGGAAGAAUUGCAAGAACAAUUCCAACAACUGAGAGAUAAUCACAUUGAAAUGAAAAUUAAUUUGGAAGGGAAAGUCACUUUACUGGAGGAACAAAUGAAACUAAAAGAAGAACAGCAUAAAAUAUUAGCUGACAAUUUGGCCAGAUUGGAAAUUGCAUUCCAGAACGAAAUAAAAAUUAAUAGAAAAGUAGCUGGAAAAAGUGCCAUGGUCAGAACAUGCAGAGAACUUCGAGCAACUGAUCCCACCCUGACUUCCGGAAUGUAUUGGAUCGAUCCUGACGGACAGGGAGUUGGUGAAGAUCCGAUUAAGGUUUACUGUGACAUGACGACAGGAUCGACAUCCGUUCCACACGAUAGUGAAUUGCCGAUUAAUGUGGGCCACUGUACAGACCCUGGUUGUUAUUCCAGGGCGGUCAAUUACAACGCCUCGCAAAGACAAAUGAAAGCAUUGGCUGACAUUUCAGCAGAAUGCCAUCAGUCAAUCAAAUACGAGUGCAACUACGCCCCACUGGAAUUGAAUGGAGUCUCAUACAGUUGGUGGAAUGACAAGGACGGAAAUGCGCAAUACUUCUGGACUGGCAGUAACUCAAGUGUUCACACCUGUCAGUGCGGCAUCGAUGGAAAUUGCAUCGAUCCUGCCGUCAAUUGCAAUUGCGACGCAACUCUACCCAUACCUCAAGCCGAUAGUGGUAUCAUAACGGAUAGUGGAAUCCUUCCUAUCACUCGCCUGAAUUUCGGCCGAACUCCACUGGAAACGUCUUCCGGUGUCCACACGCUUGGUCGAUUCGAAUGCACCGGAAAAGUGGCCGUCACAGGAAUGCCAAAGUCAUGCGAAGAUUUGUGGAGAAUGGGACACAGUCUGAGUGGAUUGUAUUCCGUCAUGGGAAAUAAAAUGGUCGAGAGCGUUUUUUGUGAUUUUACUAAGCCGCCAUCUGAUUCAGGUUUCCAGACAUGGAUUGGCUAUGCAGAUAUAAAAUCAGCUCCUGUUUAUUUUUAUGUACAGAGGAGCGAUGUUGAUUUCAAUCAAAAAAACAUCCCUAUUCCAUUUGAUGUGGAAAUAUUAAACGCGGGCGGGGCCUUUAGUACAAGUUCAGGAAAAUUCACUGCCCCAGUAAAAGGGAAAUACUUUUUCUCAUUUAUAGGAAUUCCACGUCUCCCAGUAUCUUCUUCAAGUAGGCAGGAGUUCGAUGUUGGUCUAUUCAUGAACGGGGGUUUAAUUGCUGCUGCCGAUUCUGAUGAGACGAAUAGCGCCGUAAUGCUACAUGAAACAUUUGCCCUUCAAUCAACACUUGAGUUGCAAAAGGGAGAUCAAAUCUGGUUAGAAAUAAUGGUCAUAUCUCCAGGUGCAGUUCUCUGGGGUAAUGGUUUCGUUCACUUUAGUGGGUUUAUUCUGGAGGAGGAAAUUUCGCAAUCCCUUAAUAGCUGAAAAUGUUCGUUUGGUUAUUAUUUUAUAUGGAACAGAACGAUAAAAAAAAUGGUUCGCAAUAAUACAAAUUUUAGUAAAUCGGAAA